GUUACAUAAGUGUUCACGCGACAAAUAUUCGUUGUUGUUGACGUCGUUGUUUCAUAUUUUCUCUUCAUUUCAUUUAAAUGCCACUCAAUACCUUUCCCCCGUCUAAACUGCGUCUGAAAACAGUAAAAUGUUGGCCAAUUUGUAGAACAAAACACUAGCUCACAGAGAGAUUUGCCAGACUGCACAUGCUAGGAGAGAGAGCGUGGAGUGUGAGUCAAAUACCUGUUUAUUACCUCGUUAAUAAAUCCCGUUCGACCUUGGUUCACAAUCGUCGCAAUGGAUUCAAAUACAGCGGAUGUCACAAGUCACAAGGUGCUGAGAAGGCUUUUUCAAGAUGGCGGACAAAGUACCAUCUAUACGUCUGAACAGCGGCUAUGACAUGCCUAUGCUUGGCAUAGGGACCUUCAACAGUUUCCGGCAAAACGAGGUUGGUGACGCCGUAAAGGCUGCAAUAGAGAUUGGAUACCGCCAUAUUGACACAGCCUGGCUCUAUCAAACGGAACCGGAAAUCGGGGUCGCCAUUAAAGAACUGAUAAAAGAAAGUAAAGUAAAGAGGGAAGAGCUUUUCAUUGUGACAAAGAUGUGGGUUCACUGUCACGAACCAGAUCAGGUGGAGCCAGCGUGUCGGAUGUCCCUGGAGGCCCUAGACAUGGAUUACAUAGAUCUGUAUCUCAUACACUUUCCAAUUGCUUUUGCUGACGAGGAGAUGACCAAGCCGACCAUGACGGACUACCUGGACACGUGGAGAGCCAUGGAGAAGCUGGUGGACAAGGGCUUGGUCAGGUCUAUCGGCGUCUCCAACUUCAAUAAACAACAACUGGAGAGGAUACUCAAAAUGGAGGGUCUCAAGUACAAGCCUGCGAACAACCAGGUGGAGAUAUCACCAUAUCUGGCUCAGGAAGAACUUCUACAGUUCUGUCUCAAGAACGGCAUCUCAACCACUGCCUUUGCUUCAUUCGGGGCGCCGGGACAGAGCUAUAUAACCAAGGAUGCUCCAAAGACCCUUGAAGACCCGACCAUUGUCGACAUUGGAAGGAAAUACAACAAAUCUACAGCUCAGGUGAUCCUCAGAUGGGGCAUGCAGAGAGGUUUUGCUUUGGUUCCCAAGAGUACGAAUCCUGCUCGUCUGGCCCAGAACAUGGAUGUAUUUGACUUUAAGCUCAAUGAGGAGGAUAUGAAGGCAAUGUUAGCUCUGGACAGAGGCUACAGAAUCAACGUUCACAAGUACAACACAUGGAAAGAUCAUCCCUUCUAUCCCUUUGAGAAGUGAACUAGCACGGCACGGAAGAUCACACAGUCAGACAAUCGACGACGGUCAGAGUAUUGUCUGCAACUGUUGUCCCUUAUAUUUGUGUGAUCGUCUUCAGUGUGGAACAAACACACGUUGAAUAUAAUUACAGGUGUGUCAUAAUGAUGUUGCAUAAUUACGACGAAAGAUGAAUGUAAAUCACGUACAUACUGAUUCAUUCAUCGGUGUAAUGAUGUAGCAUUUUGUUCUUGAUUGCUUUAAUGCCUGGAUUUAACGUAUUGCAAAAUUAAAGCAUUCAUAAGAUUCAGAUGGACAAAGUAGGAAAAGGGUUACUGUUGUCUGGCCUAGGUUAGAUGAUGGCAACGUAAAUACAAACCUACAGCUUACCAUAAUCUAAUCAAGGUCAGUCAACAGUAACCCUCUCCCUACUUUGCCCAUCUGGCUUCAUACCUAUCAUCUGUAAUCACAACUAUCAGUAAUGUAAUCACGAUGUACAUCAACUUCCUCAAUUGUAUUAACUCGAAUGUCCUUCAUGUACAUAUUCCCAAACUUGCUAUUAAAGUGGUGUUGUGCUUGAUGAUGUGUUAGUGUUUGCAGAGAAACAACGUCGCAUCUAUUGCAAGGACUUGUCAUUUCAUAAAACUUCUUUUUCGCC